AUGCGGGAAAGGAACAACACGGAACAAUGUGCAAUUUCAUCCCUGAUGCAGUAUUUCUGCAAAUCCCGGCUGGAAAGCCCCGCAGCCUCUGCUGGUUGCACGCUCUGUCCCCAGGACUGGCAGCUCCUUGGGGAAAGAUGCUACCGGCUUUCCAAUGAAAAGGGAAGUUGGUCUCAAGGCAAGAAAGGCUGUGAAAAUCAAGACUCUCAGCUGGCAGUGUUCCGGGAGAAGAAAGAAAAGGAGUACAUCAAGAAUAUUACAGGCAGAGGCACACAGCCGGUGUGGAUUGGACUAAUAUCAUCUGACAAGAAGUGGAGCUGGGUGGACAACACAUCCUUCAACACCAAAAUGUUUGGCACCCUGCAGGAAAUGGCCAAAGGGUGUGGGACACUGAAAGACGAGGUGUUGGAGGUCAAUAUCUGUGACGGCGAACAUGAGUGGGUUUGCCAAAAAGACCCUUUCCAGCUCUCCCCACCAAGGACAGGAGACGGGGAGAAAUGCGAUGCCUCCGUCUGA